CGCAUCACUUGCGUACCCGGCUUCAUCGGUGCGCGUGUUGCGGUGUUGUUUGUGUACUUCGUUGAGCGCAUAUGUGGCGUAUGUGGCAGCCCGGUGAGUGAACCUACCGCUGUUGUUCGCGACUGCAGCCGUCGACCGGUCCAGCCGCACCGAAAUCGCGCUCUAUGUGUUGUGUGCCUCACGUCGUGAAUCACCAGUCGGGCCCUCCAGGCAUGCAAGCGCGCGCUACUGCGAGCAGCGUCCCGUGAAGAGCUACCAUGGUGGUCGCCGACCAAGGCAACUGGGUGGCCGAUGUCGUGAUCGUCGUCGAAGGCACUGCCAACCUCAGUCCAUACGUCGAGAGCCUCAAGAGCCACUACAUUGUCCCGACUUUGGAGUAUUUCAAUGGCGGUCAAAUUGACGACAGGGACUGCGGCUAUGAUACCAACAGCACCACCUAUGCCUUGGUGGUGUUCAUGGCAGCUGACUGUGCUCCCGAGCCAGCCGCCAUCUGCCAUGCCCCAACAACAAACGUGGCCAAGCUGCUCUCCUGGUUUGACCGUGUCUCCUUCGUCGGCGGAGCGGGAGAGUCGUGCAGCCACAUUGCCGAAGGCCUCGGGACUGCGCUACAAGUGUUUGAUGACUUCCAGGCACUGCGUGAACCGGGGACGGCUGUGCAGAAGCACUGUAUCCUGGUCUGCAACUCACCGCCCUACCGGCUGCCCGCGCUGGAGAGCCCAGUGUAUGCCGGCCACUCAGUCGAGCAGCUGGCCUCCAUCAUGGCUGAGAGGCAAGUCAACUUUAGCAUCCUUUCGCCAAGGAAGAUCCCAGCCCUGUACAAACUCUACGAAAAGGCUGGUGGCGACCUGCAGACUGCGCUCUGCAAGAACUAUGCCAAGGACCGAAGGCAUAUGGUGCUGCUGCGAGGGUAUCAGCUCCAAGAGCGACCGGUGAGUCCCCCCAUCGCGGUGUCCGAAGUAAAGGUGGAGCCGACACCGUCCCCGUCGCCCGUGACACCCCUCAACCCCCGGAGCCCUGCAACCACACCCGCUGGCGUCGGGCAGAAGCGGCCUGCUGGUGGUUCACCCCCGAACCCUCGGGAGGCCAAGAUGUUCAAGCAGCCCACCUCACAGGCUUCACCCAUGAGCACCAUGGGUGGCUCCCCCCAGCAGCCGCAGCUGCAAUUCCAGAACCAGGGCGCUCGGCAGGGCAUUCCAACCCCACCUGCUCCGCACCUGGCAGCCAUCAACCAGCCCAACCCACCUAAUGUCACACUGCGGUCCAUCCCUGACGCAAUGAACCGGACCACCCAGAAUCGAUCACCAGUCACCAUUGCAGGAGGUGCAGCGGGGAGCGUGCGUCUGCCCUGGAACCAGCAGCCGCCGCAGGGCGUGGUGUCACCGGUGGUGUCGGGUGGUCCACCAGUGUCCACCCCUCCACCCCCGACGCAGACUAGCAUGCCCCUGCUGGCUAGCCAGCUGUCCAAUGCCCCGAUGGCCAGCGGACCCCCACAGCAGAUGCGGCCCACACACCCGACACCUGUCAGCUGUGCUACAGGACCUCAGAUGCAGACAGGCUUCAGGGGGCCCUCCAUGCGAAUGGGCGUGCCGCCAGGAGGUGCCUCUCCUGGCGUGGUAGGACCGGGAGGCAACCCCAUGGUCGGGGGUGGUGCACCGGUGCCCCAGCAGGGGAUGCCCCCAACAGGACCGACUGGCCCUCCACCCAGCACCCUGGCCGCACAGCUGAGCCAGAUGCCCCAGGGAGGGCCCCCAGGGGGCCACUUCUCACCCGGACCGCCGCUUUCCCAGCAGCAGCCACAGCAACAGCCUCAACAGCAACAGCAGCAGCAACAACAACAACAGCCGCCCAAGGGCCCUCCGCAACAGCCACCUCAGGGGCCACCCAUGAUGGGAGGGGGUGGACCCACUCAGGGCAUGCAACCUCAGCAGCAGCAGGCACAGCAGCCACCGCCCGGGGCGGGUCCUGGAGUGGGCCUGAAGGAGCGGCGAACGGUGUGGCAAGGCCAGGUGGAGUACCAGGACAAAAUGCCGGGAAACCAACGCAAUGUCUACACUCUCCAGUGCAGCGUCUCCACCAGCGUCAUCAACGGCGAGCCUGAAGUCUGCGCGGACAAGUGGCCACCAAAGCUGACCCUGCAGCUGAUGCCGCGGUCGAUGCUGAUGAACGUGGUGCUGGCGGUGAAGAACUCUUCACGCUGCGUGGUGCUCUCCUUCGAGCCGAGCGAGGGCCUCAUCAAGCUGUCGCGCUUCAUGGGCACUGCUUGGCUGGGUCUGGUACACUUUGCAAGCCCGCCAGCCGACCUCAAGCUCAUGCUAGUGGUGUACAUGGCAGAGAAGAACCUGUUCAUGGGCAUGGUUGCCAACGACCAGGAGAGCCUCUUCGGGGCCGUCAAGCAGGUCAUUGACACCCACCGCAAGCAGCAGCAGUCCAAGACAAAGAUGGUGCACUGGGAACCAAGUUCAGCACCGCCCAUGUGCGUAACGCCAGCUCCUGUUUACCAGGCGUACAUGUUCACCGAGGUGAACCAGCCGUUUGCAACAGUCGGUCCAAGUUACACUGGGAACUCGUACUCGCCCGAGCUGCAGAACAUGUCUGGUGGCACCAUGGCAACGGCGGGUGGCAUGAACAUGGCUGCACCUGUUCCAAAUGCAACAAUGGGCAUGGCACCGACACUGCAAUACUGCAUGUGCUUGCAUGAGCAAGCAGCACCAGGGCAGCAGUACUCUGCUGCCAUGUGGCCUGGCAACAACAUUUUGGCAAAGACGCCCGAGCCCUCCAGACAAGCGCAAGGAAUACUCCAGGCUGAGUUCACGCGUGGCAUUGCACCUCACAGCCAGCCUCCGACGAACAGCCAUCAUCUGCAGGAGGUUGUUCGAUCACGGGGUCCUAAGUUGAUGCCUCCCGAGCAGCAGGGGCCCCCGCAGCAGCAGGUUCCCCCCAAUGCACAGCCUCCAACCAUGGCCGGGGUGGGGGGGCCUCGAGGGGGGCCAAUGGGGGCUCAACCCCAGGGAGGUCCCCCGGGUCCACCCCAGGGCCCGCCACCUGGUCUCCCACCGGGGGCGCAAGCGGCCGCAGUCUCGCAGCAGCAGGCCAACAGGCUCUCGCAGCUCGAGGCUGAGCGACAGCAGAACCUGCUGAAGAUACAGCAGCUGCAGCAGACCCUGGAGGCAGCACAGGCCAAGGAGCUCCAGUACAAGGCAGCCCAAGAGCAGCAAAGCAUGCUGGAACGCCAGCGUGUCGUCACCCACCAGGCACAGCAGCUUCAGCAGCAGCAACAGCAGCAGCAACAGCAACAACAGCAGCAGCAACAGCAGCAGCAGCAGCAGCAGAGGUUCCAACCAAACCAGACGCCCAACCUCAGGCACAUUCUUCAGCAGCAGAUGCGCCAGCAGCAGAUGCUGCAGAACCUGCAACAGCAAUCCAGCAUUCGAGCUCAGCUGGCCGGAGGACUGGGCAUGGGGGGACCCGGCCCGCAGGGUCCCCAGUCGCAGGGUGGCGGUGGACCCGGGUGGGACGACACUGCUCUCCUAGACCUGCUGGGGGGUGCGGGGGGACCCCACAACGGCUGAUCGGCGCAGCUGUCUUGCACCCCCUCCUUCCCUCGCUCCUCUGAGGAGACUCGAGUGAGAGCAGCAAAUUUGGGCGGCCAUAUUUGCUUGCUUUGCGUCAGACGCGCUUCAUCUCUCCAUUUUCAAUCUUUUUACGACUGUCUUCUCGACUACCCUGUUUGGUCAUUUGCAGGUGGCAUUAGUUGGGGCAGCAAGUAAGUGGAGGGCCACAUUUGAUUUCCUCGCGUCCGCAUCGUUUUGACGUGCUUUAAGCAUUCUUACUGCAUGCGUUGUACAUAUUCCAGGCAUGCAUCUUAUACACUCGCGGAGUCUCAGCAGUGUCCGAUUACGUUCGUAAUGGAAUUUGUUGAGCGUUCUGUCUAUCUGCGCGUAUGGAAAGCCACCGGUGGGUCUUGUCACCGAACCACGUUCGUAUCCACUUAAGGCAUAAAGCAUGAAUAGCAAUGAAACGACAUCAAAGACCAGGGGCGGCAUUCUGUAAGUGUCUACCUAGUGGACUGUCCAUUUCGGCGGCCGUUGGUUCGCUGCUGCUUGAUGUGCAGGAAGGUGCCAGCCAGUCUCCUUCCUGCACGUCAAGCAGCAGCGAAUCAACGGCCGCCGAAAUGGACAGUCCACUAGGUAGACUCUUACAGAAUAUCGCCCCAGGGUUUAUGUUCCCGAAAGUUUUCUUACGUAAGUGCCAACCUCGCUUGAGCUAUUGCCAUGGCAGUCUUCUUGUAAUCACGGCAAUCGCAGUUGUCAGUGACGAACUCUUGAACAAACUUUUGCUAGUAGAGUUCCAGCUUCGGGAAACCAGCGUCCUCUGUUGAAGCAGUAGUCUGCCUUUUAGAAAGCAUACGGUAAACUGCCUGGUUAAAGCACAAAAACAUUUUCUUUUUAAGCCGCUGCAUGAUUGUUUGCAUAGGAAGCAAACAUCAAAGCUGAAAUGGCCUUUUUAGUCUUCCUUAUUCAAUAUAUGUUUUGUUUCUCAGAGAACGCACAUUGUAAGCAGGAGUAUAUCUCGCGAAAGUAAUUUUAUGCUAAAUAUGCUAAAAAAUGUUCGCAUCCUUUGGGGCAUAUUUUGUCCCCAAACAAUAAUGGUCACCUGUCUUGCUUGCGUUUCCUUGCUUGAAAACAUUGCUCUGGCGACUUUCCUGUCAAGGAUGCCAUGUCACACUGAUAACGUGUGUGCUGUUGAUGACCUGGAAGUACUGGGUUCGCAACAUUGAAGAACAGAAAGGUACUCAAGAUAGAUGACAAUUAUUCUUUGGGGACAAGAUGAGCCCCAAUGGGUACUAGUUUUCUUUUUUUUUUUAGAAUGUACUGCCUUCCUUAUAAUUCUCGCACAACAGAGAUUGAUGGAGUAGAGAAACAAAGAUAAAAUGUUAUGCAAUAAUAGCGUGAAAGUACCCUACUAGUUUGUUUACUUUUGUUCUAGCAGUUGUUGUUAAUUUUAUUUGUGUCAUGGUGCUGUCACGUACUGAUAUGUUCCAUGGCGCACACGUUGUAGGGAAUUUGUUCGGAUAGCAGUGGCUUUUGCCAUGUCGAAGGAAUGCUCCCUCGAAACACCUCUGCCUCCUUUAGCAGCUGUUAUGCGCCAUUCAAUGAAUUUCACCCUUUUUGUUUACAAUACUGUGUAAUCUUGUGCAUCUUUUGUUGUGCUCUGAAGUUCUAGCACCACUACUAAAUAGGAUUCCAAAGCAACUGUAAUAUAUUAGCACGCAGGUCUUCUUUUUUUUUUCCAGUUUUUUUUUUUUUUCCCUCAUCACCUAAGAUAGUUGCUUGUGUGACCUUUGCUGCCUCUUCUCUCCCUGUUAAGCCUUUUGUUAAUGUCACUUCGUUGAUGCUGUUGUUUUAUAGAUUCCAAAUCUCACCAUGUUACAUUUUAGUCAACAGCGAUAGAACAAGGAAUGUCCCGGGCUGGAGCCAAUGUUUCGAUGAGCAGACUUAUCUUCACCAGGCAAGUAAGUCCCUUUGUUGAAACGUUGGCUCCAACUCGAGGCAUCCUUUGUUCAGUCGCUGUAUAUCACUUCAAGUGUCCAUCUUCCUGCGAUUCUCUGUCUUGUUUCUAGUUGCAUAUCAGCUUUCACACAACAGUGUGCGUUUUAGCUAAAGCAACUGACACAUGAAUGCAAGCAGGUUUAGUUGUUCUGGCCACAUGAGCCCCAAAGUGUGUGGCAGGUCAGCGCAGCGCACUUCAGAUGUUGCGUGUGAUUUUGUGACGGUAUCCUAUUUGUAUUGUGCUGCGCGGGUAAAAUUGGCCAUAGUUGUAUGGCACAAGGAUGUCAUUUAAUGUUACCCGGGGCGCUAUUUUGGGCAUUGCAAAAUUCUGCCAUGUCAGUAUUUUGAGCCAGUCAGAGGGCCACAGCCACGCUUUGAGCCAGUCGGAGCUGCUAUGGCCUGUGAUUGGCUCAAAACCAUUACAGAAUUCGUCAAUACGGUGGAAUUGGACAAUGUCCAAAAUAGCACCCCUGUUCUAUGAGAAUCUAAGUUUAAAUUGAGCACAGCUGCCUGAAAUAAUAUACUUCAUAGUUUUUUUUUUUUUUCUGCAUUUUAUUGCGGAAAUAUAGGGUCGUUUUAAGAACAGAAGUUGAAGCAAGUUUUAUUUAGUGCGUGCAAGUACUUUAAUCGAAGACCUGCUUCAGUCUUUCUUCAAUCCUUAGCCUGUGAUUUAAGACCUACCAAGAAAAGGUGAAAAAUAUUUCACUAUAAUUUAAUGUUCAAGUCCUUUUAUCUGUUAUCUGGCUCCGUGGGCUGUUCUUGCACUCUGUAAAGGAUAAAUUCUUAAAUGGCUCUUGUCAUGGGCUAUAUUGUUGUGCUUGUUGUUCAGUGUGAAUUUGUUGACUAUGUAUAGUUUGCUCAGUUGCUUUUCACAGUAGCACUCUGUUGAGAAUGUACUAAAGAACCAUUCCAGAAUAGCUGCCCACUGCGCAAGAAAACGUUGCUUCACCUGAACCCAUUGGGUACAGUGUGUUUACAGGGACACCAUGUAACACAAAGCGCAUUUUGCUUUAAGGCACCUUUCCUGUUUGUGGCCUUUUCUCUCUCUCUCUUUUUUUUUUUGGCGCAUUAUUUUAGAGCAGCUACAAUGUCAAGCUAGGAUGUGUUCCGUUUCAGAAGUACAACUUCUUGUUUGAUUGAUGAUGCCUCUUUUGUACCCUGUAUUGCAUUUUGAAGCAGUAUAUAGCAACGACAUCACGGUGCACACAGUCGGGCACAAAAGUUUACGAGACAUGGAUUCCUCGACAAAUGUGUAUGUCAGCUCUUUUAAGGCAUGGCUCUUCUAAUUUAAGAGAUCCCUGUGUAGGUUUAAAAACCUACAACAGAUUAAAACUCUAAAUUCAAGGCUGCGUGCCCAGGCGUCGCGAGAAUUGCCAUGUUCUGUAUUGUUCCGUAAUUGAUUGUCAUGUUCCAAAUGCCAUCUUCCGUAAAGUUUAGUGACCAACUGCACUUUAUAUGUAUAUUUUUGGCGUGCUGUCGCGUGGAAUUAGCAUGUCCGUUUCAUGCUAUGCGAUGACUGCUGCCAGUUAUCUUAGCCGAAGUCUGUUACACGUGGUUUUAAAGAACACCCUCUGUGGCAAGCAUUUCAGGUGACCAUAAACAGUAUGAUCAUCGGGUGGCAAGAAUUGUAGUACAUGAUAAAGCUAUCCCAGAGAUAACACCAGAGAUGAGUUAACACCGGAAAUGUGUUGCACGACAUGUGGUUCGCCGUUUUAGUUAUCAUAUCUGAACAGUGCACAGCCCCCAGCGAAACCAAGUGGCAGCCUGGCCAUGUUAGAGUGCCUCAGCAAAAAAGUUUGAAGUGUCUUUUUUUGUUGACAUUGUUGUUGCUGCCAAUUUGUUGCAGAUUGUUAACACAGACAAAAAAGAAAAAGCUACAUUUUUGUGUUGGCAUGGAGCAGUGAGUGUGGAAGCAUGCCUUUUGUACAUACUGUGAUUUCUUUAUCUCUGCUUUAUCUAUGCACCGCGACUUGUGUUGCUGUCAUGUUGAGCGAGAGAUUGGGCUGUACAGCUUGGAUGACCUCUCACAAUGUUGUCUGUCAGCAUCUAAUUCAUAUCUUGUCAUGCAGAAGUGGCUACUGGCAGCAUGAUAUCAUAUCUGAUUUUCUCAGUGAAUUCGUGCUAAUUAUCGCAUUCGUGCUGUAUGAGCAUGCCCUAAGGUAUGCUAUGCAUUUUAAUAGAAUGUAUCUGAGCUGCUAGGUACGAGUUAUUCAUUUGGGCAACCAGAGCAUUUGUAUGUAGUGUACGAGGAGAGAGACAACGGACACCUCUCAGGCCACCUGUGUUGUUUGCUCUCUUAUCCUUCUUGCAUGCAAAGAUUGUCCUGGCUGUUCGUUAUAUUGAGUGUCUUAAUUACGUUUUGUUCUCUCUCACUAAGCACCAGUGCACCAGUUUCAACUUCUCCUCGUCUCUUGCUUCUGCGUCGGCAAAGGAAUUCGGGUGUUCUAUGUUUUACAUGCAACUGUAGGUGGAGUAGCUACAACCACUUGGCAUUGUUGCUUCGUGUACAGUUUUACGUAAGAUGUUCGACCUUUCUUGUAGUAAUACUUGGUCCCUUCAUCCCUUUACAUUAUUAGAGGUACAGCUUGGGGACACUAGACAGAUGCACAGAGCACUGACCUGCAACCUGACUUACAAGACUGUGAGUCAGCACUGUGUGCAUCUACUCCUAUCCGUCUUGUGUCCCUUUGCUGUACAUCUAAUUAGUUAGUAAUUACGCAUCACCAGCAAGCCCAGCCCUCCACUCUCUUGGAACCUUUACAACAGAGAACAAUGUGAAGAGCCUCAAAUGUGGCGUCACAUUCAAAAUUUUAAAUGGUGUCAGCUUUGACAAACCUUUCUCGUGAUUAGCUUGGAGUAGUGGCUUGCCCCAGCAAAACUGUACAGGCUCAUAGUACUUUUGUUUUGUUUUGUUUUUGUUUUUUCUCGCGCGUGCGGUCAGCAUUAAAGCUUUGCAGGACUCUGGUUUUCCGCGAGGAGGUAGAAUUUCUCACACAAAAUCUGCCUGCGGCCAGCUGUGCGGUACUACAGCACUGUAUUUGUCGCAUAUGCCACAAAGGCUGCAAAUGUGAAUUUUAGGUCCUGUGCUCAGUCUGGGGAAAGGUUCGUUUUUUUUUUUUUUUCUCAGGUCCCGCACCUUGUAAACUGUUGACGCUGACAGCACAACUUAUUGUACAGAUUACUUUGGUAUAGAACUCUCCGGGCUGGAAGACUGACGCCCAGCUCCGCACGUUGUAAAAAGUCACAGUAGAUAAACGGGACACUGCCGACUGUUUUAAAACAGGGCCUUCUGGCAUAUCGUUCACAUUACGCUGAUGGAAUUUCAUGGGGAGUAUAUUGCCUUUUUAUGGCCCUCUUUGUCUACUGUGUGAGGCAUGGCCCAUGCUCUGUAACAUAUAUGUAUUUUGUUUUGUUGUAUAAUAAAUGAUGCUUCAUUGCACAAACACGCACAAA